AUUCAUCGGCCAAUGGGGCGGGCCAAUGCUAGUGAACUAAGAAUAUCUCACAAACAAAAAUUAACUAAGUUAUAAUGUGAAAUUGGGAAAAUAAAGGGUAGCUCUCUCAUUUGAAAUUAGAAAAGGUAUUAUAAGGGAAGUGGUCAAUGAACGUCCCAGUUUAUUAGCUAUGUGUUACAACUUUACUAUAUUAGCAAUGACACCAACCAAGCCUUGCACCACCAAAUUCCCACGCAAACACCGCGAGGCUCCUGCUCGGAUUUUCUAUCGAUCACAGAUCUCCCUCUGAAAAUCCAAUUACCACAAUUCAUUCUCCACAAUCCCAUUCUCCACAAUCUCUCACUGAUUAUUAAUCUCAUCUCUGUUGCUGGAAAAAAAAAAGAUGAUGACGUUCGCUUCAAAUGAUGAAAAUCAAAACGUGGAAGAAACACUCCCGCUCAAACAUGCGCACCUUGGUAAUCACAUUUGUGAAAACGGUGGUCAAAACGACAAUGAAAUCACUAACCCGGAAGAAAUUAGCAAAGAGAGCAAAUCCCACCGCCGAUGGUCCUGCAACGAAUUCAUGGCGGAAGUGAAAAGCCUCCGUUUCUUGGCCGCUCCUCUAAUCACUAUCAAUCUGUCACAGUAUUUCUUGCUAGUCAUAUCGCUCACAAUGGUGGGUCACAUCGGAGAUCAACUCUCGCUUUCCAGCUCUGCCAUCGCCAUCUCUUUCGCCAGUGUCACGGGCUUCAGCCCCACUUGUGGAAUUGCAAGUGCCUUGGAGACACUAUGCGGUCAAGCUUACGGAGCCAAGCAGUACCGACAAUUUGGGGUUCGAGUCCAGACGGCAGUAUUCUCUGUCAAUUUGGUGUGCGUUCCAAUAUCAGUGUUGUGGAUUUACAUGGAGGAUUUGCUCUUAUUGAUCGGACAAAACCCAUUGAUUUCCCACGAGGCUGGACAAUUUGCAAUUUGCUUGAUUCCCGCACUCUUCGCCUACGCCACGUUGCAAGCCUUGGUCCGCUACUUCCAGAUGCAGAGUUUGACGAAUCCCUUGAUCACGAGCUCCACUCUUACCCUAUGCUUUCACAUUAUCCUCUGCUGGGUAUUAGUUUUCGGUGCAGGGCUUGGUAGCCAUGGUGCUGCUUUCGCAAUUGGGAUUUCGUAUUGGUUCAACGUCAUUCUACUCUCGCUCCACAUGUUCUCCCCAGAGUGUGACAAAACCAGAGUCCCCUUGUCCAUGGAGCUCAUUCAAGGAGUAGGGGAAUUCUUCCGCUAUGCAAUUCCUUCCGCUGGAAUGAUUUGCCUAGAAUGGUGGUCAUUCGAGUUACUCAUAUUCAUGUCGGGCUUGUUACCGGACCCUAAGCUUGAGACCUCGGUCCUCUCGUUAUGCCUAGCAACCAUGGCGACAGUCUAUACGAUACCUGAAGGCAUUGGGGCCGCAGUAAGCACAAGAGUAUCCAACGAAUUGGGUGCCGGGAACCCUGGAGCAGCAUGUGUGUCAGUGAGCGCUUCAGUGUUCCUCACGUGUGCCCAAGCACUGACGGUAAGCUCAGUGAUGUACGCUUGCAGACAUGUAUUGGGCCAUGUUUUCAGCAAUGAUGAGGAAGUUGUAGAAUAUGUGACAACAAUGGCUCCUUUGAUAUGUUUAUCUGUCAUACUAGACAGUGUUCGAGUGACACUGUCAGGGGUUGCUAGGGGAUGCGGUUGGCAAAACCUGGGUGCUUAUGUCAAUCUCACGGCAUACUACAUUUGUGGAGUUCCCCUUUCAGCCAUCCUGGGGUUCUGGAUGCAAUUGAGGGGGCCAGGACUAUGGAUCGGGAUUCAAAUUGGUUCACUUUUGCAGAACAUUUUGUUAAUUACGAUAACAUGUCGCACAGAUUGGGAAAAAGAGGCCAACAAGGCAAUUGAAAGAGCACUUGAUAGAAGCCCUGCUGAGAAAUGGGGUAGCAAGAACGAAGGGUAUCAGCUAGCUGACCACUGUGUGGUUGUGAAAAUUGAUAUGAACUGCAACACAGACUCUGAGAAAUGAGCUUCAAAGUUUUGAAGUAUAGAUGAGGAUGAAAGAAAACAAUACCCAGAGGAUGCAUAUCCUUGCUGAUAUAUCUACUUGGGGAGGAAAUGUGUGGACACAAAACAGUAUUGUUACUUGGUGGUAUCAAGUUCUAUAAAAACAUGAAAUGGUACAAUACAGGGGGAACAAGGAAGAAGCUAGCCCGAAUAAAAUCGGAUUCAGUGACAUGAUCACGAGAAGCAACAACUUUGUGUUGUGCCAGCAUGUGUCAAUUCUAUUUUUGUAUUUGUAAUGUGUCUUCCUCAUAAUGAAAUCUAUCAACAUUUUGGAAGCAUCGAAUUACAAUAAUUUAUACUUGAUGUUGUGAGAGGUAGUAUAACAGACGCACCUUCUAGUUUGUCACUUGAAAAGAAUGUAUUGAUUUCCCAGUUUUCAUGAAGUUAAUGAGUGAAUAAUAUGAUGAUGAAGUUUAGAUGAUAUAUGUAACAUGAUUCUCAGGAUUAAACUGUUGAAAAAUAAACAAAGUCAUUGUUUGAUGAUGAAUAUUAUCCAAAUUAUGACCUUUUAUAUGUGUGAUUAUAAAAUUCGCAUGAUCUAAUGAUAUGGACAUUCCAUUUUGCUUUCUGAAGUACGACGAGGAAAUUUUGUUUCCACUAAUAAAUGAAAUCCUCUAACUUUUUUGAAAUCAUCUCAAAUUAGGUGGUAACUAAAUUACUGUAACAUGUCACGUUAGGGUACGUUAAUAUCUUGAUUACAGUGAGAUGAUGUAGUGCGAGACCACAUAAUUGGCGAUUCCUUUUAUCAGUACUUCAAUAUAUCAUUAUACCCACUCAAUCGAUCUAUUUGAUGGACAAUUUACUUGUUCUCCUGAUUUGGACAUCUUUAUAUUUUUUUGGUUUUUUCUUUUUGAAUGACUCGUUCCUAACUGCACAAUUAAAUCACGACUAAAGCCCAAGUGCAAACUCUAGUUGGGUGUAGUAUAAGGCAAGUGUUUUAAAUGUCAACCCGAGGAGGUCCAUGUACUCCUACUUCAAUCAUUUGAAUUUUUAUCUAGCUAACGGUUUGGAGUUAAAGCUAAAGAACUACAACUGAAAGCAAGCAAAGAAAGUAAAUUGCGAUGAACUCGAUGUGAGAAAGCUUCACCUGGGUAUUGCUCCCUCUAGUCUCGUAUGAAGGUUAACUGAAUGGAAUGCUAGUGUGGAAAGGUGUGAUCAUAAACCGUGAGGAGGUUGCAACUAUUGGGGAAACCCCACUCUCGUCGACAAUUAAUCAAGGAAUGUCGACAUAAGCUAGGAGACUAGCUCUCUUGACUAAUCGACUAAUGAUUUCUAAGAUCACUCCCCCGGAUACUAAUCUGGAACGGUGGAAAAGUAACCAAUCAUGAUAGGUUCAUGGCACUAAUCAGAUGUUUGAGGCUUACCCUCAACCACUUUGGAUGGGAUUACCCAAUUGGUCAAGAAAUCUAGCUUCUUAAGGCCCAAAUGGGGAUUUCCUCCACCUGUGCCAAUUUUACCUAACUUUGAGAUAUUGAUUCACCACGGAUACACCGCGAAUUAAUCACGACUAGAGCUCAAGCAUAAACUCUAGCCGGGUGCAGUAUAGGGCGAGUAUGUUUUAAUUGUCAAACCUGGGCCGGUCCAUGUACCCCUACUUCAAUCGCUUAGUUUGUUAUCUAGCAAACAUUUUUUUAUUUAAAACUAAGAAACCUACAAAUGAAAACAAGCAAGUAAGUAAAUCGAGGUUGUCUCAAUGAGAGAAGAGUUCACCCGGGUAUUGCUCCCACUAGCUAACAAUUACGACUUGUUGGAUCGAAUGGUCGCGUGUGGUGAGGGGAUUGUAAACCGUAGGGAAGUGCAACAAGUAGCCAAGUGCCACUCUCUUGGUCUCUAGGUCGAGGGAAGGAAAUUUGAUCCAAGCCACCAACGUGACUCUCUUGACCUAUUGACUAAGGGUUGGAUAGACUCCACCAUCGAAUCGGAGUUCGGAAGGCCACACAAAACCAAACCCUAGGUGGUAAUAUGAAAUAAUAGGUUUGCCCUGCAUUAACCUAUAUAGGAGACAACGAAUCGCCUAAGAAAACCCAACAUUCAAGCCUCUUUCAAAGAAAGGAAGAGGUUUUCUCUCUACCUAGGUUAGAAUGGCAAUUAGAUUGAUAGGCUUUCACACAACACAAUCAUUCAUGAAUAAUACCUCCACAUUCACAUUAAACACAACCACACUCAAAUCUGUCAAUCCAUACAAUCUAUCACAUAGUUCAAGCUAGGGUUCAUAACACCUAAGUGAAUAGGUAGGCUAUUCCAUAGCUAGGCAAAGGAAAACAAGAAAAAUUAGAGAAAGAACCAUGAAGAGAUGACAAUCCUCCUUCCUUCUUGCUUGAAUCUCCCUUGAGAGGUAAGAAUCUUCACUCCUCUAGCUAAGGGCAAGCCAAUCUCCUUCUUCCUUCUUUGAAUGACACUUUCUCUCUCUAGAAUAGAAAGAGGAAAUCCUAAUCUCUCACUAGAAACCCUCCUUUAUUCUGAAAACUAAAACCCUAGAAAAAGCCCAUUUUCUCCAUCAGCUCACUACCCCUUUUAUACCCAGAUCGGCCUCAAAUCACAGUCCCAGUUCAUAGCCGUGAACUCAAGGUGGGGACCGUGAUCUCGGGCCAAAAUCCGUCGCUUCACUAACUCAGUGCAUGGUCAUUGGCUUCGGUUCACGAUCUUACUAGCGUGAACCGGCUUGAGUCCAGUGAGAUCGAAAAAUGUGCUAGAACCUCCGCACUUCACAGUCCCAGGGCAAUUGUCUUUGGACUUUUGCACUUUUCGCGCUUUUCGACUUCCAAUCGACCCAAAACUUGUCCUCGACCUUCUCACACGUGCUAGGACCUGAAAUAUGAUAAAACAAGCACACCCUAGCGUAAAAUAGGUCGAGAGACAAUGAAAUGCAAAGUCAAACUAUCAAGAAAUGAGGGGUAAAAUGUGUGCAUUUAGACCCAAAUCAGAUAUGAUGAACACCACUCAAGAAUCAUGAAAAAUACCUCAAAUAUUUUAUUACACAAAAACCCACAAACAUAGCAUUCAAUUCAUACAACCUAUCUCAUUUCUAUACUACGGUUCACAAUACCCAAGUGAAUUGGAGAACUACUCCAUGACUAAGAAGAGGAAUACAACAAAGAAGAAGAGAAAACCCAUGGUAAGAUGCUUCUCUUCAACCUUAGGUGCUUGGAUUGCCUCCUUGGAGGAGAGAUCUCCUCUCUUCAAGUCUUGGGUAGGUCAAGAACUCCUUCCUCCUUUGGUUUGUGACUUUCUCUCUUUAUCUCAAGAAGAAGAAGCCAAUCUCACUCUCAAAUUUUUUCUCCCUUGGUUUCAGCUCACUCCUCCUUUUAUACUCCAGUCAGGCGAUUGUCAUGGUCGAUUAUCACACCCAUAAUCUUGGUAGCCUGCCCGUGAUCCCGAGCAAAAAUACGUUGUUUCAUUUAGAAACUUCACGGCCGGGGCGGAAUUGUCACGUCUGGUGCCUGUGAUCUUUGACUUUCCCGCGAGGCAUGCAAAAGCUCCUGGAUCCCGUCGAUCUUCACGGUCUCCCACCCUUCAUAAUAGGGCGUUGUACGUGAUCUCUAGUUUUCUGUCAAUCUUGUUCCACUUUUGCCCUUUUUUGUUCUACUCUCGCUCCCGAGAUUAAUUCCACCUGCUAAGACCUGAAACAUGCUAAAACAUGCACAACCUAGCUUAAAAUUGAACCUCGGGCGAUGUAAACGCCUCAAACAUCACAAGAAUAUGGGGUGAAAACAUGCGUGAUUAAGCCCGAAUCAAACUCCCCCACACUUGGACGUUUGCUUGUCCCCAAGCAAACCAAUCUCAAACAAGGUAAUAUUUCAACCUAAACAUAAUAACUUGGGGACAUGUCAAAGGGCACAAAGUGGAUGGAUCUCAAUGUCUAUUUGGCACCGACAUAAGGACAAUAACAAGCAAUCCUGGCAACCACCACAAAUGACAUUCGAAUGCAUUAAGAACGUGCAAGCGAAAAGUUAUCACUCUGUUCACAAACCAACACAUAUCUUGUAAUGACGAAUCUCCAACCAAAAUUAUCCAUGAAUAAAGAUCAUGUCAUAUGAACAAACGAAUGAGCAAACUAGGUCCUCACCAAGGAAUAUAUGAACAAGAAAGGAAUGAAUGAAUCACUCACUCUCGACCGGUGAGGACUGGACCAUUUGAUGCAAAAGAUGUGCAUACUCAACACUCAUCCCUAUGGUCUCUUCACCAUGAUGAUAACCUCUAAAUUCUAGAGCUCCAAAGGUCUUAGACAUGGGUUCAGGUGAGUUGCUAGGGUCAACAUGGGGAAAAGUCUUCUUGGGUGGUGGCACAUAAAGCAUGAGGUUCCAUAAUUCAUCUAGAACCUAUCAAAGCAACACAAAUCCACUCACAACAACCAUUAGCCAAACAUUCCACCAAUCCCAAAACAUAACCAAUCAUGAACAACAUUCCAAGCAAACCUUCUUUGCUAGAGCACAAACAUCUUGUAGCAACUCUCUAUUCUUAUUUGCCCCCUUUAUUGCAUUUUUCACUUCUUUUUCUUCCUUUCACUUUUGUUACUCAUUCUUUGGAUACAGGUUGUUUCCCUCGAUCCCUCAAUCCCUCAAUCAUACCCUAUUGGCUCUAAUACUUGAGAAGAUAUUGGUGGAAUUCCCAAUUGACUUCAGUCCUAUAAGGCUAUGCAAGGUGUUAAAUAAAAUAUUGUCUAAAGUGCUUGCAAAUAGACUAAAAGGAAUUCAAAAUGAAGUUAUAUCGGAGUUCCAGAGUUCUUUUGUAGCUGUCAGACUCGUUAUUGAUAACGUUAUGGUGGGUUUUGAGUGUUUUCAUUCAAUGAAGGAACGAACUCGGGAAAAUAAAGGUUAUUUGUCAGUGAACCUAGACAUUGUCAAAGCCUAUGACAGAGUAUACUGACCGUUUUUGGAAGCUAUGAUGAAGAAACUAGGGUUUGCAAAUAUAUAGGUGGCCAUGAUAAUGAAUUGUGUUUCUACUGUCUCUUACUUUAUACUAGUUAAUGGCCAUCAAACUAAAACUUUCUAUCUAACAAGACCACUGCAACAGGUGAUAACACUAAAAUUAUAGUGUUCUCAAGGUCCUAUAUUUGAUACAUUCCACUUAAUAAUAAUGUAUCUUUAGUAGUUUUGUUAUAUUUUCUUUUAAUUUUGUAAUUAUUUGGUCAACGUGCUUAUUUUAGACAUUGGUUGCGUUUUGUAUUGUUUUUUGCAUUUAUGGUACUACUUUGUGCUUUUCAAGAUAAAAUAUAAUCGAGGUAAAUUUGCAUCAAAUAUUGGAUCAAGAUGGAGUCGUUUAAUCCCAAGAGAAGUCUCCUGGAGAAAAAUCGGAAGGUUGGAAGAGGCCCAAACCGCCAUCCCACAAACGUUGGUCCAUGCAUAACGGUCGGUUGUGCAAUAAGAAAAAAUUGGAGAAACUUGAGAUAAUGGGCAAAGCAGAAUGAUUGCUUUUGGAAUACCUAAAUUAUCAAAAAGCUCGAGCUGCGGAGAAUCCAAAGCAUGAAUACAGAUGGGUAUCACCAGCAACGACAAAGUUUAAGAUCAAUGUCGUGGCGGAGGAGAAUGGUUUCUUUUCAUGAGAGAUCAAGACGGAUUGUCGGGGGAUUCUUAAACCGAACUAGAGACCAGGUAGUCCACAUUAUGGCCCACACCACCUAUAGUUGGGACUAGCGUAAGAGUUGUGCUCUAUGACCCCCGAUUUUCCUUGUGUCUCAACUUCUUAUGAACUCCUUUAUUAUUUCGCACUAAUGAAAAUAUGAAAUAACACAGGCCGUUUAUAAGACCAAACAAAAAAAAACUAGAAAUGCCAUACUACGAUGACCGGAUUCCAACAACUAAAUGGUAGUAUCUCCUAGGAAAUAGUUUUCCUUGAAUACUGCUAACAAAUCUUCACCAUUAUAACUUACAAUGAGUUAAGCAUAUUUAAACAUCACAGAAAGUUAUGAAAACAUACUAUCUAGAAUUAUGCGCUCGUAUUUGCCAUUACGAGUACUAACUAAUCUUCAAACUAACUGUUAACUGAACAGACAACAAGUAGUUAAUCGUCAAACUAACCACUACAAUUUUCAGUAUACAUUUUAUGUUUGGUAAUUAACCACUAACCGUCAAAUCGUUUAAUAAUUAACCGACAUACAACCAAUUGGCACCCUAGCUACAUGGACCUGCAUGAAGUUGACAACCAUGACCGUUAACAAAUAUACAUAAACGAGGCCUAUGCGGCGCUGCCUACCCCCGUGACGUUGUAACGAGCCAUAAAACACGACCAAACUUUUCAUACUACUUACACAUGAUGAAACACCGGCUGCAUCAGCUAAAGAUUUACUGUGGGAAAUACACAGAGACCACCACUUAACAAAAUUCUCGGUGGUUCUAGUUCUACUAGUUUCCAAACCCAGCAAACAUGAGUCGAUGUUUUGGAUCAGCCAAUUUUCAGAUUGG